AUGAUUAGUGGCGAUCCUGGCGGUGACUUCUUUGUCGCCCCUGAGAUCCUGCCUUCUAUGUACACCAUGGACAGAUGGAUAGGAUGUGGACUUCAUGCCCGAACACCACGAAACAACAGGCAACAACUCGACUCUUCAACGCGCUAUAUUGAUCUGGGAAAGGAUUUGUAUGCACACCAGACUUGGUGGAACGAACUUCCCAGCCCACUCACGAGCGUUGAUGACGUGCUAGAUCUCGGUUAUGUUGGACCAUCAGUCACCAUUAGAGAGGUCAUGGACACGACCAAGGGGCCAUUCUGCUAUUUCUAUCAAUAG